AUGAGACUGGAAGUCCAUUCAGCCGCUGACUUUCUAAUGAAUUUGUUGCGCGUACAUAAAGGUGUAAAGCAUGCAAAUUCAUUGCCGGAAAAUCAACUGCAACACUUCAAAGGUUCACUACAACAACUGUUGGUGCUGCACUUCCGCAGCCACUGGUAUCCCGACGUGCCCGCCAAAGGAUCCGGUUACCGAUGCAUCCGUAUCAACGGCCAUCUGGACCCGCUAGUGGAAAAAGCCGGCAGCGAUGCCGGUCUACUACCGCGAACACUACGCAAAAUGUUACCACCCGAGCUGACGCUCUGGAUCGAUCCGGCCGAGGUGAGCUAUCGCAUCGGCGAAAACGGUUCGAUAUGCGUGCUGUACGAUUCACAGAGUCGAUCCAGUCCUUCGAGCGAUCUGGACUCGACCGGCAGCGGAACGAUGAGCGACGAGUUCAUUAUGGAACGGGUCGGUCGCUUAGAUCUGACCGAUAUGCAAUUGAUGGAUUUCUUAGAGAAUAAGAACGUCGGUACACCAACGAAGGCCAGACCAAAUAAUAGUUUAGGUUCCAGUGGAUCGGACGAUAGUCAACUCAGCCCACCGCUUAGUCCACCAUUUCAAUUAAACAACAAUCGCGUUUCGCAUUAUCACAACAACAACAACAAUGGGAUCCGGCGUAGCCGCAGUCGUAACAGUAAUACGAUGCAACAUCAAAUGAAUUACAUGGAUUCGACGCAUUUGUAUCAUAAUUGGGAUAAUGGAUUUUCGAAUACCAACAACAACAUCAACAAAGUACGUACUCAAUGUUAA